CAGUUCAAAUUUAUUUUUAGUUGUUUAAAACAGUAAUGGCUUUAAACCAGAGAUCUUUGAUCAAUACAGCAAGACUUUUUGGGUCUGCUUUGCGACGAUCAAUUUCAACAAAACCAACUGGUAAAUCUUAUGUAGCUCCAAUCAUUGCUGGUUCACUAAUUGCUGGUACUGGUCUUGUAACUUAUACAUUAUCGAAAAAUAACUUCAAGUUUUUCCCAGCUGUCCAUGCAUCUGCUCUCAUAGAAAAAAGAAAAGUUGAGCAAACAUUUAUAAUGAUAAAACCUGAUGGUGUCGCACGUGGUUUAAUUGCUGAAAUAAUCAAGAGGUUUGAGCAAAGAGGUUACAAGCUCGUUGGCUUAAAAAUGCUUGUGCCAAGUGAAAGUUUACUUUCUGUACAUUAUGGUGACUUAAAAGACAAGCCAUUUUAUCCUGGUCUUGUAAAGCAUAUAUCUUCAGGACCAGUUGUUGCUAUGGUAUGGGAAGGAAAAGCUGUUGUUUCACAAGGUAGACAAAUGUUAGGAGAAACAGAUCCCCUUAAAUCUAAGCCAGGAUCUAUUCGAGGUGAUUUUUCCAUUGAUCUUGGUCGCAAUAUUAUUCAUGGCAGUGAUUCUGUUGAAUCAGCUGAGCAGGAAAUAGCUUUGUGGUUUACAAAAGAUGAAAUUGUUAAUUACACUCUGCCUUCUCACUCCCAAGUUUUUGAGAGAGUUUUCUAAAUGUUUUGUUUCUUAAUAUAACGAAAGAAAUAUAA